UACAUGCGAACCUCGUUUGGAUAGUCGACGGAAACUUUUAUCGAUUUUUUAAUUUCAGAUUAAAUUUUAUGUAGCAAUGGCUGAUGAAGACUGGGCAGCCGAAGUAGACGAACAGGAGCGUGAAAUCUCUGGCCAGGUCAAUAAACUCAAAAUUGACAGUAAUAAUCCUGUAUCACCUUCUGAACAAAAACCACCUCAAGAUGACAAUGAGACUGCAGAGGCUGUGGCAGAGGCUUCCUUAUUAAUCAAAGUUUUGAGGAAUAAACUGGUCCAGAAUAAGAAUGAAGUUGAAGUGCAAAGGAAUGAUCCAAACUCUCCACUUCACUCGGUCAAGUCAUUUGAUGAAUUACCUCUGUCUGAACAACUGCGUAAAGGAGUUUAUGCCAUGGGCUUUAAUAAACCAUCCAAAAUUCAAGAAACAGCCUUACCCAUGCUCUUAGCAGACCCGCCAAGUAACAUGAUUGCUCAGUCACAAUCAGGAACUGGAAAAACCGCUGCCUUUGUGUUGACUAUGCUAAGCCGAGUUGAUGCUACAAAGGCCUACACACAAGUGGUGUGUUUAUCACCAACAUAUGAGCUGGCAUUACAAACAGGCCAAGUUGCUGAAAAAAUGGGACAGUUUUGUCCAGAGAUCAAAAUCGGUUAUGCAGUAAGAGGAGAAAGAGUUUCAAGAGGCCAGAAAGUAACAGAUCACAUAAUAUUUGGAACACCUGGCACCCUCCUUGACUGGAUUUUAAGACACAAAGUUCUGGAUCCAAAGAAAAUCAAGAUGUUUGUGUUAGAUGAAGCUGAUGUCAUGAUUGCUCUACAGGGACACCAAGAUCAGUCAAUUAGAAUACACAAGACUUUACCCAAAGACUGUCAAAUGCUGCUUUUUUCUGCAACAUACGAUGAUGAGGUGAUGAAGUUUGCAGAGUCUGUCGUACCCAGUCCAAUGGUGAUUCGAUUACGUCGUGAAGAGGAGAGUUUAGACAACAUUAAACAGUACUAUGUUGUGUGUCGGAGUCAAGAGGAGAAAUUUCAGGCCCUUUCAAACAUGUAUGGAGUGGUGUCUAUAGGACAGUGUAUUGUGUUCUGCCAGACCCGUAAGGCAGCCUCAUGGCUGUCACAGAAAAUGAGCCAGGAUGGACAUGCUGUGGCACUGCUAUCUGGUGAGAUAACAGUGGAGCAGAGGAUUGCAGUCCUUAACAGAUUCCGUGAUGGCAAGGAGAAGUUGCUCAUCACAACAAAUGUCUGUGCCAGAGGCAUAGAUGUAGAGCAGGUGACAGUUGUGGUUAACUACGACAUGCCAGUGGAGCCCACAGGCAAACCGGAUUUUGAAACGUACCUACACAGAAUUGGUCGGACAGGCAGGUUUGGCAAGAGUGGCAUCGCAGUGAACUUUAUUGAUGGUCAGCGGUCUAUGGCAACCAUGAAGAAAAUUGAGGUACAUUUUGGGAGAAAAAUUACACUUCUCGAGACCAAUGAUGUUGAUGCAUUGGAGAAACUUGCAUAACAAGACAUGUCUCUAUUGCCCAUAGAGUUUUACCAAAACAAGACGACGUCCGUUUCAGAUGCACUUAAAAAGUUCUCCAUCGAUACGUCGCCCAUUUGAUAGCCAUGAUCUUCAGUUUCGUUUGUUCCCAUUUUGAACCCAAUAAACUCGAGGGUUUGCUUCCUCUCUCAGCCAAUCAAAUCGUAUGACAGUGACUUUACUUUCCCUUAAUUUACACGUGUAGUUCCUAGUGUUUUGAUUGGCUUAGAGCAUUGGAAUAACAAAAGAUAUUUGUUGUUACCUCUUAACCCUUCAACAUCCAGCAGUGAGUGACUCAAAACUUCUCCCUGUAAUAUCUUUACAUUAUCCAGCCAACAGGUAACGAGAACACUCAAACUUAUCAGGUUGAAGUUAUUGUGGUCUUAAACCAAAUUCUUCAAACCAACUUACGAGAAAACGUGUAGGGAAUUAGAGGGUUAAAAUGGAUUGUAUUUUACUUUCUCUUUCCACGUCAUUCGCUGUUGAUUGGUUACUUAAAACCUUUUUAUAGAAAGGCUAAUUAAAAAUAGUUUUAAAGCAAAGGGACUUCCUUUUAUCUUGUUCCAAACCUGUAUUAAAGGAAAUCUGUUGUUUAGGAAUUACAUGUAGAACUUUAACCCUUUGAGUGUGGUAUUGGAUCAACUGAUAAUCCCCUUAUUGAUAUUUUUCUUUAUUCUCAUCACUUGUCUGCUUGAAAUUGUAUUUACAUUGAAUGGAGAAACAACGUCUUGGUCACUUGUGGGAGUGAAAGGGUUAAAGCCGAGACUUAACUGGUUAGAACGAUCUCUUUUGAGUUUGACAAAUCAACAGCUUCUUGGGUACUGCGACGGCAGUGAUGUUCAUUAUGUGUUGUCGAUAUUUUUUUAUGUCUUUUCUGUA